CUUUUGACUUUUUCUGUUGUUUGGGUGAUGAUUCUGCCUCUCCUUGAUUCUCUGAGCUUCUUUGUCUGCUAUCUCCUUUGUGCUUUUGCUGAUGUUGGUGGCAGGGGAGGAUGUUUGUGGUGAGAGUUUUUGUUGUUGUUCCUUUUGGAUUUCUUUUUGGCUUCUGUUUGUGUGUGUUUGUUUAUGCGGGGAAGAGGAAAUGGAGUUGUGGUUUCUUUGCUGUCUUUCGGAAAGGGAGAAGAAGAAUCGAGGACAGGAAGCUUGGGGAGAAAGAAGAUGGAGAAGAAGAAAGGAAGAGGGGAGUGCCAAGAAGAUUGAAGAAGAAGCGAGGGAGUCUGCAGGGGGGUGGUUUUUGCAGAGUUUGGUUUCCGAGAAGCCUCCUCCCCGUUGUAAGUGCCCAAAGGGCUCUUUUUAUAGAAAGAGGCUGCUUAGGCAGCAAGCAAGCUACCAUACCCAAUUUGGUCUGACCGGGUUUGGGUCAUUGGUUGGACCAGGCUUGGGUUUUGGGUUCGAUUGGUCAUGGGUUAGG